AUGCUGUUUGCAUGGGUCACCCAGCUCUUCCACUCCCUUCUGCAUUUUAUUAUGCAGCCCCAGCACCCCAAUGGCGAGAUGCGUGUCUUUUCCAAGGCUAGAGAUGCUACCAAUGCCUCAUCACUUCUCAACUCUCUCAAAGAGAAUCUCCCUUUCCUUAGACAUGGCCUUGGCAACAUCAUCAUUACCAAAGUCAAAUACUGCAAAUGUCAUCUUUGCAAAGGUAGUCCUUGGGAGCAUGAGUUCCUGGUUGUGACGUUGGAGGAACUUGUGGGUGCUAAGCAAACAGCAUACCUCAUGGUCGAUUGCUUGGUCGAUGAUACCAAGGAGUAUGCUGGAGGAGAGGAUAAGCUUCUGGCUGACAUAGCUAUGAUCAAUAUGGACUCAGCAACGGACCCAAACUCGACUGCAUCAUUGUCUCCUGCGGAGUCCGGACCUGAGCCUGAGUCCGUGAUGACAGCCUCGUCUCCCACUGUGCAACAGUGGUAUACCCUGAAUCAUCUCCAAUGCUCUGGCGCCAAAGUCAAGAGAAUCACCAAGGGUGAUCCUCCCGACACUCUAGACAGGCUCAUCAUCCUGCCAGACAAAUGCGCCAUCUCGAACGAGCUGGGAAAAUGCAAGUUCGACAUUCUCAUGAUGAUGGACCUCCCAAAGGAUAGGUCUAUUGCCCUGGAAUGUUUUGCUCACCUCCUCCGAACUAUUUCGAGAAACACCCCGCAGUAUCACUACGUCUUCACACAAUGUUAUUGGUAUGCUUUUACCAUUUGGAGAGUCCUUGAACUGGAGACGCAGCCACGUAUAUGCAAAACUGAGCAUGCUGGACGGCAGUGUGUGUAUUCGCGCUACGGGAAAAAGUUGGUUCUGGGGAGAGGCUCAUUGGUGAAUGCGAGGAGGGCCCCAGAGAUGAUAAGGGCACAGUGGAAGGUGGAAAGAAUUAUGGAAGACGAGGAAUGGGCUGAACAGAAAAAAGCAUUUCGUGAAGAAGUUCACCGUGAGGUGGCGGAGGCUGAAGAAGGUCGUCGCUGA